AUGGAAGAAUUUAAAAAUGUAGAUCAACAGAAACUUUUUAAUAGAAAACAGGUUAUCAAAGUUAAUGGGUUCGAUAUAGAAUUUUCACAAAAUGACUAUUUAUUUUAAAUCAAGAAAACUUAAAUUGAUGUAACCUAAUCUUAAUAAAAGAUAUUUGGUGAUUAUCUUGGCAAAAAUUGCUUUAGCUGCUAAAAAUAAAUGGUUAAAAAGAGUAAUAUGAGGCAAUGCGAUUUCUGUGCUAAAAUAGGAUAAGGUAUAUAAAAUCAAUAAUUAAUCAUCAAAUAGACUAUGUAUGACAUUUUCAAAGGUCUUUAAGAUAGAGAAAUUUAUUAGGAGAGACUUUAAAAGGAUAUAUUCUCUCAGCAAGAUUAGCACAACUAGAACAGAUUCGAAAUUGAGUAGAUCAAAAUUUAACAAAGAAAUAUGGAAAACAAACAGGAGAGGCUCUAAAAAUAUGAAAAAUUAAACACUAAUUUGUCAAAGAAAAUGGAACUCAAAAAGAAUGAAGUAAUUGAAAAGCAAAUUAUCAUUAGAAAUUUAAUGGAAGAAGUUGAAGAUUUGAGGUUUGAUCUAGAUAAAAUGUAAGAAGAGCUCUAAGUAAAAGCAGGAGACGAAUAAUACAUGAGAGACUAUUUCAGGAAACUAAACCCCAUUUAACCAAAGCAAGGAAGUUUCAACAAAAACCCAACCAAAAAGCAUACUAGCUUAGAAAGAUCAAUAACAGAGCCAUCUUUAACAUUCAGUUAGUUGGAAUAAUAGCAAGAUUAACAGAAUAUAUAUCAAGAUACUGGGAUGAAUCAUCUUGAAGCAGUUUCAUCUGCUAACAGACUUAAUUCAACUGGAACUAAUAGCAUAAAUAGUCGUAGAAAAAAGUUAAAUAAUAUGCCAACCAAUAAGCCAUGCUGUGAUGGAGGCUGUAUUAUUGCUUGA